GCUCUAUCAGGUUAGGCACAGUAUGGGUUCCAGCUUAUUGCAGUAAAUCCCUACCGUUCAAAUCUCUGAGAGGGUUUCGGAGAAAAUAAUUAGACGCGGCAAAACAACAUGUCUGUUCUUUGUGAAGCAACAACCACAAGUGAAAAAACUGGCGAAAAGAAAGGUUUUUCAUUUUCAAUUUCGAAUAUUCUGGAAAGUAAGGUUGAGGAGGAAAGCGAAGAUGGCCUGCAUAGUGAGGAUGAUGAUGAGGAUGACGAGGAGGAGGAGGAGGAGAUUAAGGAUGAACCUGCAGGGUUUCAAGCUCUCUCAGGAGCAGGAGCACAAUAUCUUUCAUCCCUUAGUGAUUUACAUUUUGGAAACAGACAUCCCCUUGGAGCACAAGAAGAAGGGUCCCCUGGUGUUAUAAAAGUUCCCCCACAUCACCCGGGACAGCCCCUUUCCUUAGACUAUCCCGCCCCCUGGUUGUACCGCCCCUUUACUGUUCUACCAGGCUAUCUCCCCCUCCCCUCUCCUCUACUUAUCAAUAGAUUUCCAGGUAUCACUGGACCAUGUGAGUUGAAAAUAUUAUAA